AUGCAUCGGCCCGAGACGCCAGCGACUCUGGACGAGGCUCUAGAGGCUAAAGCACAAAUUAUAGAGCUUUUGGAAUUAGGGCAUUUCCAGUUGAGGAAGUGGGCCAGUAGCAUACCAGAGUUACUUUCUGAUAUUCCUCAGGAAGAAUGUCUGCUUAGUUCCAAAACAUUUACCGGCCAUGACUCUUGUAGCCUAAAGGUGCUUGGUUUAAAGUGGGAGCCAACUACCGAUACAUUUUCCUUUGAUGUUAAAUCUUCAAUCCGACCUUGUACAAAACGAGUUAUUCUUAGCGAGAUCGCGAAGAUCUUCGACCCCUUAGGUUUCCUUGCACCUCUAACCAUCAAGGCGAAGUGCCUCUUGCAACGGCUCUGGCUGCUUGGUAUCGAUUGGGACAGUGAUCCACCCGAAGAUGUGAAUAGCGUGUGGGAAACAUUUUGCAAUCAGCUGUCUAUAUUAAAGGACCUGCGUAUACCACGGUGUAUGACAAUUAACAACACUUUAACGUACGAAUUACAUGGAUUUUGUGAUAGCUCGGAGCUUGCGUAUGGAGCAGUUAUUUAUAUUCGAGUUUCAACUGCAGACGGAUUAACACAAACACGAUUAGUAUGUGCCAAAGCUCGAGUAGCUCCCAUUAAGAAAAUCUCUUUGCCUCGAUUGGAGUUGUGUGCAGCCGUCUUGCUGACAAAUUUAGCAAAAUUUGUGCUGGAUACAUACUUAACAAAAUUAACGCUCCACGCUAUUUAUCUAUGGUCUGACUCGACCGUCGUCCUAUCUUGGCUUCGUUCACACUCCUCUCGAUGGACCACGUUCGUAGCUAAUCGUGUGGGACAUAUCCAGGAUAUUUUCUCUACGGAGUUUCAGCCUCCUGUGAUAGUUGGUCUUCUAAUGGCAUUAUUU